CGCGGAAGUGCGCGAGGUCGAGGCCGCGCGCGGAUCCGGGGAUGGAGGAGCCUGGCGGCCGGGGGGGGGCGGCUCUGGCGGCCGCCGGCCGGGCCCGCUGAGGCCUCUGCCCGCGGGCCCUGGGCUGAGCCGGGGCCGAGGGCCCCGCAGCGAGGCAGCCGAGCGGGCCCCCGGGCGAGGGGCCCCGGGGCGGGAGGGCCAUGGCCACCCGGCGUCUAACGGACGCGUUCUUGUUGUUGCGGAACAACGCGGUGCAGAGCCGGCAGCUGCUGGCCGAGCAAGUGAGUAGUUACGGCUCCUCCAGCCCUCUGAGUUCACGUAGCAUGGCUGCUGCGGAGCUGGAUGAGCUUGCUGAUGACCGUAUGGCACUGGUAUCGGGAAUAAGUUUAGAUCCCGAAGCAGCAAUUGGAGUAACAAAGCGCUUACCUCCCAAAUGGGUUGAUGGAGCAGAUGAAAUUCAGUAUGAUAUCACCAGGGUAAAACAGAAGAUGAAAGAAUUAGCUAGUCUUCAUGAUAAACAUCUAAACAGGCCAACACUGGAUGACAGCAGUGAAGAAGAACGGGCAAUAGAAAUAACAACCCAAGAGAUCACACAGUUAUUUCACAGAUGUCAGAGAGCAGUCCAGGUCUUGCAGAGCAGGUCGCGUAGCUGUACAGAACAAGAAGCACGUGUUCUCAGGAAUGUAGUGUCUUCCUUAGCACAGUCCCUUCAGGAACUAUCCACCAACUUUAGGCAUGCACAGUCUGACUAUCUCAAACGAAUGAAGAAUAGAGAAGAAAGAUCCAAACACUUCUUUGACACCCCAGUCCCACUGAUGGAUGAUGGAGAGGAUGAUACACUUUACGAUAGAGGUUUUACAGAUGACCAGCUAGCAUUGGUGGAGCAAAAUACAUUAAUGGUGGAAGAGCGGGAACGGGAAAUCCGUCAGAUUGUACAGUCAAUCUCUGAUCUCAAUGAGAUAUUUAGGGACCUGGGAGCAAUGAUAGUAGAACAGGGGACAGUUCUAGAUAGAAUUGACUACAAUGUUGAACAGUCAUGUAUGAAAACUGAAGAGGGCCUAAAACAACUACAUAAGGCAGAGCAAUAUCAAAAGAAGAAUCGGAAGAUGCUUGUUAUUUUAAUUUUGUUUGUUAUAGUAAUUGUCCUUAUUGUUGUUCUUAUUGGCGUAAAGUCACACUAGGUUUCACUUCGUUUUCUUAUUUUUGGAGUUAUGUGGACUUUCUUCCCCAAUGUGAAUGGAUGGACCUGCACUCCAGAAAGCUGCCUUUGAAUGUAUAAGCCCUUGUGGUGCAAAGUCUGUGCAAUGUUUCUGUAGAACUCUUCGAAGUACAAGUUUGGUGAUCUGUGAGGUGUUUGUAAGGAUUGUAUGGAAAAUGUCAGGAAACUUGAUGCUCUCACACAAAGAAUUUGGUACUCCCUGCAGAGGUAUUUGGAAACACAGUACUUAAAAGUAAUUACAACGUUAAGGUUUACCAGUGAGUACAGUAACUAGUGAACAAAAAUGUGUUGUCUUCUGUAUUUUUAUGUCACAGUUGUUAAAGGCUUCAAAUUUAAACCAUAUUGCUGAGUUGUGGGUCUAGAUAACAAAUUAAUAUAGACGUCAAGUACAUUGAGGCAUAAAAAUGUUUGACUUCAUCUCCUUUCUUCCAGUCUCAAGAGCUCCAAAGAACUGGAUAGACAGCUAAAAAUGAAAGCUUUUAGCAACCAGAACAUAAACCAACCCCUGUGAUCUUAAUUUAGAUACUGCACCAUUACUAAGAAUCAGUAGUAUUUGAUCUCGUAAGUAACAAGACUUACUCACUGGCAUAAUUUAACACAUUUAGUUAAUUAAAAAAUUUUCUGAGCUUGAGUAGUCAUGGGAAUGCUUCUCCUCACCAGAAUGAUCAUAUAUAUUUUUUUCAUGUAUGGGCUUUUUUUUUUUUUUUAAAGUACAGACAUUACAUAAAAACAGUUCUGAAGUUAAACCUAAAAAAAUAGAUUCUCCUUUUGGGUUUCUACUCCAUCUGACCUACUACAGUGGGUCUCAUGUUUCAUACUUGAGUUGUAUAAGCUGUUUAUUUUACAGUGUCUGUCCACAUGUGCUGUUUCUUUAUAUAAGGAGUGGUUUCACUACAGUACGUGUUACAUCCAGUUGUCCUGACAGAAGAUGAUUUUUUCUGAAUUCCUGCCUGGAAGACAUGUUUCUGGCCUUUUACUGAUCAUGAGAGAUGUUGUGCAAGUGACGUGUUAGUAGGCCUUCAGUAGAUGAUUUGGGGUUUUUUUUCACUACUUUUGUAGUGGAAAACUUUGCUGUAGGCCAUAAAAGAGAAAUCAGGGAAACAUCUAAGUAACAGAAUACUCCUGAUUUAAUUCAGGUCUGAAGUGAUGUGCAAUUGUAGAGGCCUUAAUAUUUUUAAUAUGGCUUUUCUGUAUUUUUUUUUUACCCCCAAAGGGACUGUAACUUAUUUCCUUCAUGUUGUGACUGAUACAGUUCUCCCCAUGAACUUGCAGAGUUGCUCUACUCACAGCCCCUGAAGUGCGGUUUCAUAAUACUAUCUAUGGUUUUAAUGUUGCAUAUGUUGCUGGCACUGAGUUUAUCUUUACUGUUUACUGAGGAGGGCUUAAGAUGUGGCUUUAAACUGACUUGGUGCAGGAACAGACCUGAAAGUAAAGACUACAGAGAUGUGAAAGCCUUGGCUUUUUGUGUGGCUUAUUGUGAAAAGCUUUGUACCACUCUGUUACCUCUAGACAAAGGGGAUGUUGAUUCCAAAACUGCCAGAUCAAACCUAUGAUUAAAUUUAUAAAGUAAACUGGCAAAAGAAAGAAUAAUGCUUGUAGUUGGGUGUGCAGCUCCCCUGUUCUGGUAAUAGAUCUUUUUGAUGAUAAGUAAAACUACUGUCUCCUGAGUGUGCUGUCUACAUCAGUUGGUGUGAAGCAGCAUAUGGCUAUAAUUUAAUAUACUGUAUUUGCAACUCUAACAUGAGGUUGUGUUAUUUAUUUGUCUUGACUGGUGCUUUUGACAUUUUUUCAUGGCUAAUGAAUUCAAAGAAGUAAUAAAACACUUCCAAAUUAAUUGGGCAAUUCUUAAUUUUCUUAAAAAGUGUAAACUGAAACGUACUUGCGUGAUGUUAAUGUGUCUUUAUGUAGUUGUCAUAAUUAAGUGACAGCAGCAGUGAAAUAUCUUUGGAAAAAAAAUGUAACUUUCUGUAACACAAUGUAACUCGCAUUGUCAAGAGUUAUUUCCCAUGAGUUAUGCCUGUGGUAUCCGAGCUCCCCUGAAGUAACUGGCUAAAAUAUUUUCUAUCCAAUCCUGUAAAAAGGAAAUGCAGUUUUAAUAUGCAUCAGACGAGGUUUAACUAAGAUGUCAACUGUCCUGUGUAAUUUGAGCUGGGAUUUAUUGAAGUUGAUUAUAUCAAGGGGAAAACAAUCACAACAGGCUUCUAAAUCAUUGCAGGUGCCUCGCUUAUUACAAGUCAGUCUAAACUAUCAGCAGCUAAAUCAAACCCUUAUGCUGUGCUUUGUAAGAGUAUCUCCACAUGUCAAGUUGCAGAAGGGGUGCUGUCUGUGCCACUGGGCAAUGAGAGCCCGGAACAGCCACUGCAGCUGAGGAGUAGCUUGGCUUUAACAGUGGCUGCUGCCUACUCAGGGGUUAAAGGAGAGGAGCUGCCUGAACCUACUGACAUGCUUCUGUCUGGCCCUGUAAUCAUGUGUUCUGCUGCAGAGAGAGCUGGGACACCUUGUUCUGCAGAUAGUGGCCUCUUUGUGGCUGCUGGAUUCUUCUUGGCCUGUACUGAACCUCUGAUUCCUAACCAAGGAACAGAACAGCAUUGCUGGAGCAUCUCCUAAGAAUCCAUGGCUCCUCACCUGGUGGGAAUGACCUAUAAAGCUGUUGGCUUGUACAGAAUUAUUUUUAAUAAACGCAUGCAAUUGUGCAAAAAUGAGCUGCUAUUCCUUGUUACCAGAAGUUAAGCCUAGUGUUAUGUGAAAAUGAAAGUAUUAAAAGCACUGACAGCAAAUUUAUUUCUACUGCAAGCCUCUAGAAACUGGAAAGUGAAAUGGAG